AUGGACGCUAACACGGAAAGCGGGGCCAAGAAUACCCUGCCCGAAGCAGUUGAGCACUUGGAAGCCGUCGCGUUUGUCCCACCAAAGCAGAGAUACACAGAUCCUAGCCUCUUGGCCAAAACCAUCGCCUCAGACGCGUAUGAAAAUGGCAUUCCGCAGGCUGUGCUUACCCGCCUGCUGAAGAUCCUGACAACGAAAAACAGUCUGGACCAAGGGACCGUCACAACUCUAGUCAAAAAUCUGUACCCCCAGGAACGAGUUUCGUCCAAGAAUGUCACUUCAGUGGUGUGCUGCCUUGGACCUAGCAAGAACAAGCCAUCCCCUGCGACGCAAGCUCUGUUGCUGCGCUGGCUGAUUCUUUCCCAUGAAAUGCUCAGAGAAAGGGCUCACUUGGCCAAACUUUACGCGGUGCUUUUCAACCACUUAGAUAUGAUCAGCUUGCGCAAACCAUUGUGCCAUCUUCUUUCUCUCAUCACGAGGCGCAAGCAUGUCAAGCCCUUCCGAAUUCAGGCGUUGAUGGAGCUGAUUCAAAUAUCUGGUGGUGAUGAAAAAGAACUCAUUACGUUACUGAAACUUUUCAAGAAUUAUUACCCUGAAAUUGUUCUUGGGGAUAUUGGAAGAGGGAGGAAUGCUCUCUUCUUCAAGCACCCUGACCCAGAAUGGUCAAGCCACGCGAAGCUCCUACAAGAUCAAAGCACAGAACGAAACAGAGCAAGUUUGGCAUCGAGCUUCCAAGUUGUUCACCGAGGAGCGGCCAAAAGGACUAGGAUUGAAGUGGUCAUUCCACCUCUUCAGACCUCCCGGGUUUCAGACAAGCAUACUUCGCUGGAAGAGCUUCGUGAUGUCGGACAUCUAGUUGAAAAACUCGACAAGAUUGAGUUACCGAAUCAGAUUAUCUCAACACUAGGUGAUGCAAUGGCGCAGAAGUAUCUUCACUUGGUCCACUCCGAGCUCGCGGAUCAUCGCUUGGAUGAGUGGUUGAAGAGUUUCCUGGAGGAAAAGCUGGAGAUGCUACGGGAGGACGAAGAUAACGAACCUGAGACAUUAGCAGUUUUUCUGGAUUACGUUGUGGGCUACGUUUCAUACAUCAAGAAUCUUCCAAAUGCGAUCCGUUCGUUCCUAAAGUCAUAUCUUCAAGUAUGGAAUGGCAAGGAUAACCGAGAGAACGUUUUUCGACUUCUACAAUACAUCCCAAUUGAACCACUUGAGUCUCUACAGAUUGAGUUGUUCUCUCGAUUAGAGUCGAUGGUAUUGGAUGAGAGUCUCAGUUCUAGGACUGCGUUACUGGGUUUCUAUUCGGGACUGAUCAAUCAAUGGGCCGUCAAACUUCGCUCAAAGCCCGUCACAUCCGAGGAAUCACUCCCUUUGAGCCAGGUGAUUUUACGUGCUGAGCUCCUGGCGUCUUCAAUACUCGAGUUCCCCACAGAGCAAGACCAGCAACUGUCGAAAUCAGGCUCAAUUUCGGUGCUUGAUCUCUACAGAACCCUUUCAGACCUCUUUUCUAAUGCGCCCCAAGAUGCGCGAUUCAGAAUUACUCUACCCAACGCCCAAACGGUCUAUACCCUCGCAUUCACACCAAGCACCGCUGUGAUUUCACCUCUCAAUUCAAUCUUGGCAGUGUAUAAAUCCGCAUUCGAAGCCUCUCUGAAUUCUCCAGUACUCCAAGCACAAAAGUCUCCAGCCUACGGGACAGAUUUGGUUGGCCGAUUCAACGGGUAUGUCAUGGACAUGUGCAAUGUGUUAUGGAGAAACCGCGCACUCAACACAGAAGACCCGAAUGCGCUUGGAUGUCUUGUUCCAGAGUCGACGGUGGCAGCCCUGACAGCCUACAUCAAAGACUUGUCAGAGGCGGCCAAGCACUACGACCGCGAGAGUGCCCCUCAUUUCAGUCUUGCCUCGGUUUUCUCUUUAAGCCACCAUGCCGCCUUUUGCAAUUUGUCCGCCGCAUGUUUCGCCGAGCUUGAAAAAGACCAGCAGGUGGGUGACGAUCGACCAAGGUUGAAGAAGCCGGUCACACAGAAAGUGUUGCUUGCCCUCGAGAAGGACGGUGGGGCCAAGACCACAUGGCAAGAAUACCGAGUGCACAUGCUGGAUUGGUUAGAUGGGAUAGGAUGCCGGGGUACAGGCGUUUUGAUGAGAAGCACGAUGAAGGCUCUUCGAAAAGAGUGA